CACACUAAAUUUUUUAUUUAGCAUACUUAAUAUUGUACAGGAAUAAAAACUCUUAACAGUACACAACCAUUACUCAAAGGACAGUGGUUUUCUUGGAUUGACAGUUACAUUUUCUAAAAGAGGUUUUACAAGCACAAAUAAUGUAAACAUGAUUUCAGUUAACACACUCCAUCACUUCUUCACUGGCAAAACAUGUUAGGUUGGCAUGUUGCGCUAGCAAUAAACACAUUAUUUUUAUGUAAAACUGGAGUUUUGAUGGUAAGAGCUUAAAAAAUUUGACAGCAUCUUAAUUCUGAAAUGUGACAUUCUGAAUUCAACUUAAAUGCUUGUUGAUGGACGUCUGUUGGAAUGUGAUUUGACUUCGGAGUAAAAUAAAACAUGCUGUUCAAAAAAACUCUGUUGUUUUUAAAUUAAUAAGAUGAUGAAUGUACUUUAUCACUUUGAAUAUUUGGCUUAAGUAAUGUCUGUUGCACUAAUUUUGUUUUUAUCUUACAUUGGGCCACACAAUAUAGUGGGAAGGGAGCCCUGGAUUCGUGACCAGAUUCUGUAGCUCAAUAUCAAAAUCAUCCAGACAAAGUAGACUCUUCUCUGGUGCUCAUUUGCCACAUUUAUUUAAAAGGAAGUAUGGAAUUUUGGAGGAAAAGUCCAAGGCUUAGCUUAAUGAUCUCCCAAAUUCCUUUCUAGCAAAAUUCAAUUAUGUUGAGUGAAGGCCACUUAAGUUUAAAAUGGGAAUUGUGCAAAAUGAACCGUACUGGUAUUUCACUUUUGAACCAAACAUUAUAGCAUCUCCCAAAGAACAACACCCUUCAUGAAUCUGUUUGUACCUCUAACAUUAGAUCUUUUUUGUUUUUUAAAUGUGUAUCUUUUAGUUUUUGAGAAGUUCUUACAUGAGUAUUGAAUUUACAUGAUUUCCAAGCCCUUCCAGUUCCCCUCCAAAUCUUCCCAUGUUCUCUCAACUCACUCACAAUUUCUUGUCCUCUUCUUUAUUCUUGUUACAUAUACAUAUAUUUAUAAAAAGACAUUUCUGUAUACAAUGCAUUGAGUCUAUGUACAUGUGUGUGUUUGGGGCUGCCCACUUGGACAUUGUCAAUUUUUGUUGGAACACUUUUAGAGUCUAAAGUUAAGAAAAUGUAAUCCCAGCCCCUACCUGCACUUUAUAAUUUGGCAAUUUAAGCUAUAUUUCAAUUCUAUUUUUGGCAGUAGAAUUAUUUUUAUUAACAUUUUAUGCAAUUAAAGAAUUACUUCUGAUUGGAGACCUUAUAAGUACUGAUGGCACACAGAAUAGGAAAGGACCGAGUUUUACCCUUCCUAGGACUUUAUUUUUUCUCCUGUGAAAUACAACUUCAACAGUCUGAAAUAUAACUUUUUUCAGACACUCUUUAAAGACUCACCCAAAACAGAUUGCCAGAGGGGUCAUGUUGGAAACUACGGAAAAUAAAUUCUAGAUGAAAGCAAAACAAAACUGAAGCCUCCAAAUUGCCAAGAAAGAACAGUUAUGUUAGCCAUUUAGUCUUUUAGGAGUCAGAUGCAGGCGAGGUAGUUUUAGUCAUCAUUUCUGUGCUGGGUGUUUCUUAUAAAAAUAACUUCAUGAGGAUGGGCCAUAGAAACUACAACUCUACUGAGUUUUGCUACUUUAUUAUCCAUUACCUUGUUAUGGCAUUGAAGCUGCAGCAACCAGUAAUUAGAUCACAGCGUGGCAUUCAAAGACAGAAAAAUCAAGGUAGUUACAACUUCUCCCAGCUGCAAAGAUAUGGAUUCCAGAAGAACAGGAAAGGGAUCUUAUUUGGGGUCAGAGACGAUGUGCGAGCAAAUGCCCAAAUGUGAAACAAGGUAGCUUGGGAGGCUUGCUGGUCUGCACCCGGAAGGGGCCCAGAGUGGUCCCAGGAUCCCACAGCCCAGAGUGCAGGUGAGGAGGGAGUUACUCAGGGAGCCCAGGAUUCGCUCAGGUGUGGCCAGUGCCAGUCUUCUCUGAGCACAACAGCCGCCAGGGUGUCAGAGCUCAAAAAUCGCUGCUUAAUCCCCGCUUGUGCGGGACUAAUUAGGGUCUCUUCAAAGUCGAAAGUUAAGCCUAGGGCUUCUUUUCCAGGCACAGGGGCAUCAGGAGGUCGCCAGUGUUUCAGCACAGACAGCAACCCCUUCCAGAACAACAGGAGGCCAAGCGUCCUCAGGGACUCCCGCCUUUAAUGAACUUUGGCUCCCUAACAAAUCAACUCCCCAAAGGGUUCCAGUGACCGAACCCCCGGGGACUGACGGCCAGUCGGGUCACCAGAGUCAGGGACCUGGCCCGGGAUGCUUCCUCCCAGGCUCUGAUGACAAGUUGCAGCCAGCAGCCGGGGUUGGGGGCGGGGCGCGCCAGGCCGGCCUAGGCGAGCACUAUUCCUGUCCCUGUGAGCUACCGGCGUGUAAUGUGCAGCCUCCAAUCCUGCUACCAACCCGCUCCCCCCAAUCCUCUAGGCUUUGAUUUGAUCCACUGCGCGGAACAAACUCACCCCCUGCCCCCUAGCCAGUUGUCCUGGGACUGCGCGGGUGCCCGCAGAACUUGUCCUCCUGCUCCAAGCCCAGGAGGUCAGAGCCCUCAGCCCACGCUCCCUGGACACCCACAGCAGGGGCCACAUCGACGCAUCUGGCGCGUUGGAGAUCCAGCACCCGCGCUGGUGCCCUGGCAGCUCGACCUCUCCAGGUGAUGGUGCGCGGCCACCGCCGCCCCUGGCACGCGAGUGUGGGCUCCCCAAAUUGUGUGGGGGAGGAGACGCUGGGGAACGCGUUGUCAUUCUCCGCAGAAGAAACCAAUCCCAGCAAUCUCUGGACGUCUCGGAAAUCCUCAUCCUUCGCUACUAGGGCUUUUUGGAAACCUUCUUUACAUAGGUUUUCCCCUGAGAGGGGCACGGGCAGACCUGCGGGCCUGGAGGAAGGAGCCCUGAAUUUUAAGCUGAGCAGACAAAAAUGGGCCUUUGCUAGGGGGCUCUGCAGCUCCAGCGGGCAAUUUGGGGGUUUUGUGCCCCGGGAUGCCUCCAGCUGCGCUUGGCUGGCACCACUCCCCUCCUGGUAGCUUCCCGCCACCUCGGGCAUCAUGAGUUACUUCUUAUCUUACUGCAAAGCUCAUGGGGGCUCACUGCUCACCGGCUAUCAGGCCCUACGUGCUGAGGGCUUCUUGUGCGAUGUGACACUAGAGGUCGAGGGCAGCGAGUUCCCGGUGCACAGGUCGCUUUUGGCCUGUUCCAGCGACUACUUCAAAGCCUUGUUCAAGAGCCACACUCGGGAAUCCCGCGCGCCUGUCAUUCAUCUGCACGUGCCGUCGGCGGCAGGCCUGCAGCGCCUGUUGGACUUCAUCUACACUGCCUGGCUGCCCCUCUCCAUGGACACUGUGGAGGACACUCUGGAGGCCGCAAGUUAUCUGCAAGUCACAGAGGCCUUGGGACUGUGUGGCCACUACCUGGAGCGUCAGCUGUCCCCAGAGAAUUGCUGCUUCAUUGCCAAUCUGGCUGCUCGCUUUGGCCUGGCCCACACCCUGGACGUGGCAGAACGCUGCAUCGUGCGCCACCUGCGGGGGCUCCUUGUGAUGGGCAUGGGCCCUGCGGGGCUGCUGGAACUCAAUCCUAUGUCCCUGAAGGCUGUGCUGGGCGCCCCCAACGUAGCACGGGUAUCUGAGGCACAACUGCUGGGCCUGGCAUUGGCCUGGCUGCGGCAGGAACCGGCCGCUCAGCGCCUGGCACAUAGCUCAACGGUGCUUGGCUGUAUCCGCUUUGGCUUAGUGCCUGCAGAUGUGCUGCGGCGCAUGUACUCAGGCUCAGGCCUCACCCUACCCACUCGGGUCAAGGGCCUCAUCAUUCAGGCCCUCAACUAUCACACAGCACCCUCCCGCCAGCCGCUCAUGCAGGGCGAACAGACCAGUAUCCGGAGCCCCCAGAUCCGUAUCUUGUUGGUUGGGGGAUGCAGGGCUCGGGAGACGGUUACUGAGGAAGUCGUGGACCCACGGGGGAUAGUAAGGAACCGGCACCCUGCACCUGAACCUGAGGAGGAGGGGGAAGAUGAAGAGGAGGAAGAAGAGAUGGAAGAAGAGAAAGAGUGGGAGCUCACCCAGGACGUGGUGUCCUUUGACGUGUACAACCACAGCUGGCACAGCUUGACAAAGCUGCCUGCACCCCUACUGGGUCACAGCAUGUGUACCACAGGCAACUUCCUGUUUGUCCUGGGAGGGGAGAGCCUUUCUGGCAGCCCCUCUAGCUCCCUGGCUGAUGGUCCAAGGUCAGUCACCGCCCAAGUGCACCGUUAUGACCCACGCUUCCACACCUGGACAGAGGUGCCCGCCAUGCAAGAAGCUCGGGCCUACUUCUGGUGUGGUGUCGUGGGCGAAAGUCUCCUGGCUGUUGGGGGCUUGGGCGCCUGCGGCGAGGCACUGGCCUCUGUAGAGAUGUACGACUUGCGUAGGGACCGCUGGACAGCAGCUGGGAUGCUGCCACGCGCACUGCACGGUCACGCGGGUGCCGUCGGGGAGCGCGGUGUUGUGUACAUCUCGGGGGGCAAGGGCGGGAGAGCCGAGGGAGGCUCAAGUAGCCUCAGGGAUUUGUACUCCCUUGGCCCAGGAGAGAGGGUCUGGAACAAGAGGGCGCCCAUGGGCACAGCCCGCUAUGGGCACCACCUUGCAGUGUUGCAAGGCGCAGUGUUUGCCUUUCUAGGAAGAUAUGAGCCUUUCUCCGAGAUCGAGCGCUACAACCCUGGCACAGACCAGUGGACGCGUUUGCGGGCACUACCUUAUGACCGAUUCUGCUACGGACUUGCAGUGGUAGAAGAGACAGUGCUGCUACUGGGCGGUCUUAAGUGGCGGCAAUCACGCCAGGUGCCUACCCGGAAUGUAGUGGGCUAUGACCUCGACCUGGACCGUUGGGAAGACCUUGGCUGUGCACUGCCUUGGGCCUGGAGUGGCCUUCAGUGUGCUGUGCUGCAGUUGCCUGAAGGUCAGGAAGAAGAGAGGGAGGGAGAGCCUGGGGAGGCGCUAGAUUUAGUGCUGGGUUGAAUAGAUGUUUCCAGGGAAUCCAGGAGAAAUUUUUUCUUGAUCUUGCUUGUAGAGCAAUUUUUUCCUAAGAAUUGGGACUCGGAUAGAACGGAUAGGACAGUUCUGAGGGUUAAGGAGGCAAACAAGAUCCCUCACAGAAGAAAAACCUUUCUCUUUGAACUACAGGAUAGCCAAAAGAGGAAAGGUCAAAUGGAAAGAUAUGAAUCAGCUUUACUUAACUGAUAAUUUUUCAGAAAGACUCACACUGGGUUAGAGAAGGGUGUUUAAAAAGGGACCUUAUUUCCCCUCUUUAAGUAUUUCCCUUAGGUGCCAGUGACUACUUUCAUGUCUUGCCCCCCUCAAGAAAGUUGUUAGCUAUAAAGGCUAUAAUAGUCCCAGAACAUGAUAGUAUUUGAAUCAAUCGUGGAGUGAAGCACCUGGGUUAAACUGCAUGAAAUUGUAAGGAGAAGAUUUUAUGAUCCAAAGCCACAGAGUUCUGCUCUGAUACUUCCAUAAUAAGGGACUGCGGGGAAAAGGUCUCUAAGAAAGCAUUUCUUUGAGAAACUAUCUUUGGUUAAUUUUUUUCUGUUCCCCGUCCCCACCUGCUUUCACACUGGCUGUAGGCAGCUCAUUUGGUUGAGUAAUAUUUCAGCAACCCUUAACCACAAUAGGCUAUAUUUGUAAAAAAUAAUUAACUACUUUUGGUGGUCUUCCCCCACCCCCAGGCUCCCUUCCCCAAAAGAAUCACAAAAAAGGGAAACAGGAGUAGGUGAAAUGUUCAAGGUUGUUUCAGGUAAGUGGGAAACCAUUUUGACUUUUCAAGGUCUCAGAAAAGCUAUUUGUAAGCUCCUAGCAGGUGUUACUUCUGGCUUGUGCCAUCAGUGAGGUGACAAAGUGAGAACUUGUAACUGGGGUUGUGUUAGUGAGGGUGACUGUGUGAUUAGGUCAUAGAGAAAUGUGGUAAGCACUUUGCAUGAAUAAAGUUGGUGAUUUAUAAGGAUUCAUUAAGAGCUGAAUUUAUUUGACUUCAGUUUACAGUGUUGCCUCUCUCCUAGAUUUGAAACUAAUGCAAUAAAAUGUACAGAUAUAUAGUGUUCUUAAGGUCUCUUUCAUGCUAGGCUAGCCACGAGUCUUGUAAAAUUCAUUAGUUUUAAUUUUUACCAUGUAAAACAACAGCUGACUUUACAAAAGUAGAAGCUGUUUGGUACCAACAGAGCUAACCUUCCCAUCAACUGCUUGUUUUGCACAGGCUACAACCUGUCCACUGUAUACAUGACAUGUCCAUCAUGUACAAAUAUAUUUAAAUGAUCAUACACAUUUGGUCUAGUAAACAUCAACGUCUAAACACCUGUAACAAGCACACUUCAUAUUAGGACAAGAGGGUUUUUUGUGUUUUUUUUUUUGUUUCUCCCUCUCUCUCUCUCUCUCUCAUAUACAAAAAUCUCACAAAUUUAAUGUGUGUCAAUAUCCAUGCAGUAAAUAAAUGUUUUUUACAAAUAGGGUUUUUUAAAUGAUAAAAAUAUUACACUGGACCCAAAAUUCCAUACAAACAUUAGUACAUGAUUUGUCAUCCAUUUUGACUAAAUAUAGGAUUACUGAAAAUGUGCUGUAGAAAGGCCACUCUCCUGUACAGUUGUGCAAAGUCUGCAAAACGAUAGUGAUUCAAUGGUGGUUUCAAAUGCAAAGAAAAAGAUCCCCGCUGUGGAGUUUUCACUUUCUCCUCUACAGCAAAAAUAUUCACUGGCAUAUAUAUGAACUCUUAAGAUGUAAGUACAUUCACUGAGCUGUACAGGCAACAGUAUAAAGCUGAUUAGAAGUAGAUUUUAGGAUAUAGAAUAAUAAAGGAGGGUCCUUUCCUCCUGAAAAAACAGCAAAUUGUGACUUGUACGUUACGCAGCCAGACACUAAAAAGCAGCACAGUCAUUUUCAUGCUGUGAUCACUUUCAAAAACUAGAUGCUUAUAAAUGGAAAUAUAUGAGGAGGACUUUUUUCAUAGACUUCAUCCACUCUAUAAGCAAUUCACAAUGCUAGAAAAACCUCUAAAUUUUUUCUCUCAUGUAAUUCAGUGUGACAUCUCUCUGAAUGACCACCAUCCUCUUGCUCCUUAUUAGAGAAGUCCAUUAAAAUGUUUUCCACAUUGUUUUCUCUAUUGCAACAUCUAUCUGCCACAACUAAAUGUAUUUUACUUCCCUGCCUGAUGUAUAAUUACCGAAGCUUAGCUAACAGACCAGGGGAAAAUUGGAAACUACCUGGAAAAUUCACUCAUUUCAGUUUAUACCUUGUCUUUUAAGAGUUAAGAGUUCAAAAACACGAGUUUGGGCUGAACCUAUGUAUAUAUAGCUGUUAGCUGCCUUUCUGGGUGAGUUAAGUCUGUUUAAAAAAAUCCAUUCUUAAAUUCUUCUGUACACAAUCAGCAUUUCAUCACUACAAAAAUAAAGGAAGUUUUAAACCAAGAAAAUAAAGCAGCUCUAUCUUCAAUUUUGGUCUUAGUUACAAAAACAUCUUACAAAGCUUUGCCCUGAUACACCAUUAAGUGUUCUCAUAGAUUUGGAAUCGUAUUUCCAUUAACCAGCUAUCACAAGUUAAUAGACUAUUAAGACGAAUAUUAGAUACCUGAACUUUUCUUAUGUCGAUGCUCUUCUAUUUUGCUUAACUCUUUAUACGCACCUACAUUUCACAAAAAUAAAACUACAGCAUUAAACUUUGUGCAAUGUUUAAGAAAAUUCUUAGAACACUUUAAUAAAUAUAAAAAAGGUUUAAAUUCUUUCCCACCCAUAAGGAUGUCUGCACCUGAAAAAAUGUGAUUUACUUUUGAAUUCUCGUUUAUAUAAAAUUAACUUAAAGGGAGAAAAGAUGAUCUUAGAAAACUGCCUUUUUGUGGUUUUACUACUUGAAGACCACCUGUAUUCAGAAUUGUUUGCAAAAGUUAAUUUAAGUCAGUAAAGAUAGUUGAUUUUGCACAUGGUAAACAUAAGCUGAGCACUGACUGCAUAUAAAAUAUACAAAUGCUCAUUAAAGACAGUGGUACUGUGACCAUAUAUGGUUUGUUUCAUAGUUUGGUAACAUUAAAGUAUAGCUUGUCAAGUGUCCCACACAUGGAUAAAAAAAAACUACCUUAUGUACUUGUUCAGAGUACCAGCAGGUACUAUGAUUGCUUGAAGGCAGAAUGCACUUACACAUGCGUCUCAAUGUAUGAAUGAGUAUGUGUUAGGGAGGAAGUGAUUACAUCUACUUCAGAAGAAAUACUUAGUGGGUCAUUUGAGGUGGUGUUUUGACAGAUAUCCAAGAAAAGGUCGAGGUACAUCUGCUUCCAUUGUUGGAAUUCUUUAGAUGUCAAGUCUGGAUUGUCUAGGACUUUAUCAAUAAUGGCUACUUCUCCUUCUC